AAUCGUACCAGCACCACCCAAUCGAGCUGUGAUUUUGCUGUAUUAAAAGCUUAUUAUAUAUUCAUUCCUCUUUCACCACCAUCGUAUCUUCUUCAUUUGAUUGAAAAAGUUAUUUAAAAAAAAGGAGGAUUCUUUACUCUCUACAGGUUUUGAUCAUAUGGAAGAUCCUAAGGAGAACAAGAACUCGCCAUGGCUAUCAGUACCACAGUUUGGUGACUGGGAUCAGAAAGGAGGAAGCAUUCCUGAUUACUCUAUGGAUUUCUCCAAGAUCAGAGAGAUGAGGAAACAGAACAAGAGAGAUCCUUCUCGUGCCAGUCUUGGCAACGAAGAAGAACUCAUCAACCCUUUUCAUAAUCAACCUACUUCGGUUGAUAAUACCAAGCCUAAGCUCACCACCGUUCACAGUGACAACAACAAAACCCACAAUGAGUUUUCUCACCACCAACCACUUUCUCCAUCUGCGAGGAGAGGAAUCUUCAGCUGCUUCAACUGCUGCGUUAAAGCUUGAAGGUAUCUUAUAAUAGAGACGAUGAGGAGAUGGAUCUUCUUCAGCUGUUUCAAUUAUUUAUAAUAAUGAUAGUAAUGAUGAUGAUUUGAAGACAGAAAUGAAAAAUGGCAAUGUGGCAACUUAUUACUGCGGAAGCAGAGCAUUAAAUCAAGUUUGUAUGCUGUUUACUUGUUAUCUUACACUGUCUAACCAUAUGAUGUUUUGGUAAAUGUGAAGUGUAGCUAAUUUUGUGGUUUGAUGUAGAGAUUGGUACACUUGUGCAUUACAGAUGUGUGAUACAUUACGAAGAUGCAUUUAGAUUAUAAAAGUUAAAAUAUUGUCUGCUA